AUGUCUUUCUUCGCCAGCAAGUUGCGAGCGACCGUCAACCCAGGCCGUCGCACAGCAGCCGACCGGGGUACCAUCAUCGGGUCGUAUAGUCACCGUCUUCUUCAACAGCAGUCAUACGCGGGUGUUAGCAGCGGCCAAACCCGUGGCGAGUCGAGUGUCGAGCAGGCGCGGGUUCACGCGAGCAGACAACGAGGCGAGCGAGAAGCCGAGAAUCGGAGCCUUUACCCGUUACCCCUCAUCAGUUGUUCAAUGUCUCCUGUGCUGAUUGACCCGGUCGUUAAUGGGUCUUUGAAGGAUUCCGGGUUGCAGGAAGCGGGAUUGCGGGUUGCAGGAAGUGGGUGUUCGGGUUCGGGUCUUGCAGCUCAUGCAUCGUUUUUGUUUGCAGGUACAACAUCGGUUUUUAAGCUGUUAUCUUUAGCUCUACACGACCAUUUGAUGGAACCGUGCCAUAAUCAUGAGUCACUGACGCCAGGCACGUUCGGCGACCGAUCGACCAGCGACCUCGUUGUUCGCAUCCGAACCCACGAGGGCCGUGAUGAGUGGGUCUACUGCCACUCACAUGUGCUCACAAAAAACAGCUCGUAUUUCGCAGACCGCCUCUCGGACAAGUGGCCUACGUGCCAAAUCCUCGACUCCCGCACGUGUGUCGAGGUCCAUUGCCCGGAACCCGACUUCGACCACCACAUUUCUCUCCUUAGGCUCCUCUACCGAGACCCUCCGAGCCCGACCGUGGCCGACAUGUGUAAUGCCAAAAACGCCCUCGGCAUGCUUCGGGCCGCGGUUGGGCUCGGAAGCCCGCAAGUUGUCUCGGCUUGCGCGGAGUACCUCGAGGCAAUUCCUUGGGACGAGUCGGAGGAGGAGGAGAUUCUCAAAGCCGUUCCGGGCCUUGGCCCGGCCGAGUCGGGCCUGAUAUUGGCCCGACUCAAGCCCGUGGGCCCGAAAGCGGCCGCCAGAGUCUUCAUGUCGGCUCUCCGCCUCGCCACGUCACCGGCAGCGGGGCCCACGAGGGGUGAUGCUAAGGCCGCGGCCCAAGAGCAACUUGAGUAUAUGUUGGCCGAUGACGACGACCCGCCUCUGUUGACUGUUGACCACGAAAUCCGAGCGGAGGCCCGGAGGUGCGUGGGCGGGCUUUUGGCCCAGUUCGCGGACCUCGUGAAAUCCGAGCCCGAGGCGCUCGAUGGGUACUUGGCCGAUUUGUUGUGGGCUUCUCAAAUUGCCCCAAAAUUGGGGAUUUGGGAAGAUUUUUUGGGCACAUGGGUUGAGAUGUCAGGGGAUUUUGUCAAGGUGGCCGGCCCGGCCCGCGGAGUGAAAAUCUUGGAGGUAACGAAUCGGGUGAUGGAGACGAUUUUGUGCGGUGGGGUCGUUUUGCGGGCCGCGAGGCGGGUCCACGUGGUGAGGACGUGGGUCCCGUUUGCAAGGGAUGUGAAGUUGUCGGUCGAUUGCGCCAGCGUGGCGUGUGGUGGUGGUGAUGAUGAUGACGACGAUGAUGAGGUGAUGGAAGCGGAUGGGGAGCUUUGGCGGUCGCUCGAGUCGGGAUUUGUGUCGAUUAUCUCGACCUUGCCAUCUGAGAGUCAAAGCGAGAUCUUGACCGAGUGGCUCGAAAAUAAGAAUGUGGGUUACCCGGAUUUGACCGAGGCCUUUGAGGUGUGGUGUUACCGGUCUAAGGUGGCCAAGAGGAAGCUAGGCUUGGUCGAUGAAGGCAAUCAUCAGUGUAAUAACAACACCAACAAGGUGUGA